AUGAGAUCAGAGGUGUCGUCCCUCACCUUCAACCACGCCUCGCUGCUGAGAUUCUUCCCCGGCACCGGGAAGGCCCGCGGCGGGCGGCGGAGCUGCGGGUUUAGAAGGGUUUCCCCCUCCGCCAGGGCCGCCGACGACGACCGGGGCCGGCCGCCGGUGCGCACAGUGGGGAGCCCGGAGCCGCCGUGGUUCGUCGUCCCGCCGUCGCCGCCGGAGAAUGUGCCCUCCGUCAAGCUGUGGCCGUCGGAGAACCAGACGGAGGGGCUCGGGGGCGGCGGCGCUGCCGGCGUCCCCUUGUCCCUCCGCAUGGUCCAGAUGAAGAAUCGGCUGGCGGUGGCGGCGCCACCCCGGUGGUCGGAGCGGAGCCAGCCGGCCGCCGCGGAGGAUCCCGCCGGCAGGGCGGUCUCUGCGCUCGUGUACAUGAUCGGGGAGCUCCAGAGAUCCGUCCUCGCCGGAAGGGACGGCGGCGCCGUCGACGAAUCGGUCCUCGAUCGGGUUUCCAGGGACCGGAGGGACUCGUUCGUCUGGCUUUUCCGGCGAGUCUUCUUCAGCUCCCCCAACCUCGUUGUCUCCCUCCUCGUCCUCCUCGCCAACUACGUAGCCUUCUCCGCCGAGAGCAACAGCCUCCAUGGGGGAGCCACCACCUCCACCUCCGCCUCCACCGCUGCCCCUGCCUAUGAUACAAACGAUGUGGAUAAAUUAUCCCAGGACCAGAAUUCUUUGCUGGAGCUCGAAGGGCAAAUGCUUGCUUCGACUUCCGAGACCAUCGGCCUCAGAGGAUACCUGAACUGGUUCGACAUCGGGAUCAAGGAGGGUAAUCUAGAUCCGAUGCAGCAGGAGGACGAGGAAACCUGCGCGGAUCGAAGGCGCCGUGUCUACGAGCGCGCCAUCGCCGAGGGGGAAGCGACCUCCCUGAUACUCUGCAACUACGCUCAGUUCCUCUGCACGGUCGCCAACGAUCACGACAGGUAGGGUCUCAGGCCGAUCAUCAUCAUCAUCACCAUCAUCGAACCCCCUCGAAUUCGGUUGAUCGCUGAGAUGUUUGAUCCGCCGCCUGCAGAGCGGAGCUGUACUUCCAGUGGGCGGUGAUGGCGGAGCCGCGAGACCCCGAGGCCAUCAGCCGGUACGCCUUCUUCCUGUGGGAUGGCCGGGGGGACAUCAGCGGAGCAGAGGAGAUGUUCCUGGAGGCGAUCGAGGUCGAACCAGGGAAUCACUACUACAGCAGCAACUAUGCCUGGUUCCUGUGGAAGACCGGCGCGCUGGACACCUGCUACCCGAUCAAUCCUCCUCCGCCUGCUCCGGAAUGGUAG